AUUUCUUCGCUAAAUCGAUUGAUCGUUCAUCGGAAAAAUUUAGGCAUUGACGGAGUAUAUUCGAGUUCCGGUGAGAGACGAAUUGAGAAAAAUGAAUGAAGUGUCGGAAUGCAGCGUUUGUCACUCGAAAUUGGUAGCUUCGCCUACCAAAAGAACGGUUUCAAAGGCUUAUGAUCGUCAUCGGACUGUUGUAUCGGUGAAGACUCGAGCUUUCAAUGUGUUUUUGGUUGUCGGUGACUGCGUUUUGGUCGGUUUACAGCCUAUACUCGUAUAUAUGUCAAAAGUUGAUGGCAAAUUCGAGUUCAGUCCCAUCAGUGUUAAUUUUUUGACUGAGUUGGCAAAAGUUACAUUUGCAGUAAUAAUGCUAUGCUUAGAGGCUCGAAACCAGAAGGCUGGUGAGAAGUCUCUUCUUUCUUUCUCCACAUUGUUCCAGGCUGCUCGGAACAAUGUGCUUCUGGCUGUUCCUGCUCUGCUUUAUGCUAUUAAUAACUACCUUAAGUUUAUCAUGCAGUUAUAUUUUAACCCUGCUACUGUAAAGAUGCUGAGUAACUUGAAGGUUUUGGUAAUUGCAAUGUUGUUAAAGAUAGUUAUGAAACGCCGUUUUUCCAUAAUUCAGUGGGAGGCUCUUGCGCUAUUGCUUAUUGGCAUCAGUGUGAAUCAGCUGCGCUCUCUGCCAGAAGGUGCAUCAGCUUUGGAUCUUACAGUAACAACAGGGGCAUAUUUGUAUACCUUGAUUUUCGUCACUGUUCCUUCACUGGCGUCUGUCUACAAUGAAUAUGCUUUGAAAAGCCAAUUCGAGACCAGCAUUUAUCUUCAGAAUUUGUUUUUGUACGGAUAUGGUGCAAUCUUCAACUUCCUUGGCAUACUUGGAACUGUCAUUUACAAAGGACCUGACAAUUUCGAUAUCUUACGGGGACACUCACGAGCAACAAUGUUUUUAAUAUGCAAUAAUGCAGCUCAGGGAAUCCUGUCUUCGUUUUUCUUCAAGUAUGCAGAUACAAUUCUGAAGAAGUAUUCAUCAACUGUCGCCACUAUUUUCACUGGAAUAGCAUCUGCUGUAUUGUUUGGACAUACCCUUACUAUGAACUUCAUCUUAGGAAUCUCCAUUGUGUUUAUCUCGAUGCAUCAGUUCUUUUCACCUCUUGCAAAGGUCAGGGAUGAGCCACAAAACGGCAACCUGGAAAUGGAUUAUCAGAAAAACUACAGGUCAAAGGAUGGAUCCUUCAUAAAUAUGGCGGCUGGGGCAAGUGAAGAUGCUAGCCAUCGCGUUGGACCUGAUGACAGAGAACCCCUUCUUCCCCGUUAGUUAUUAUAGGAUUGGUUUCUGGAGAAACAUCGUUGGCUGGUCGGUAUAGAUAGUUCGGAUUUUGGGUCAUUCUCUUGAUAUUUAUCACCUCAGUAUGCUGAGAAGAUUCUUUUCACCCUCCAGAUAGGUACACAAUUCUCUUCAGUGAGAAUUAACUAUAGCCCUUUUUAUAGUAUGUGAUGAGAGCUCAGGAACCACAUACGUUAAAGUUGAGUUCUGGAUGAUGCGUUAUCAUCAGCUUUUGUAUAGAAUUUAGCUCAUUACCCCUGACAUUAUUAUCGCGUGCAGAGUACUUUCUGCAUGCACAUUCUCUGU